AUGAUAUCCCGCACGUCGCGGCUCGGUCGCGAUAAAAUUCUGUAUUCGCAUGCCAUACGCAAAUUUUUGUCAUUAAAAUCCGAAUGGAAACUAAUGGUAAUCGGUGAUCGCAAAACACCGAAAGAUUGGUUAGAACAUAUAGCUGAACCGGAUCGUCAUAAUGUCAUUUUUCUAACUAUUGAUGAACAGAAAAAGUUCAGUUAUCGAAUUAUCAAUUAUUUACCGGAGGGUUCAUAUGCCCGAAAAAAUAUUGGCUAUCUGACAUCUAUUGAAUGCGGAGCGAAGAUAAUAUACGAAUCGGACGAUGAUAAUUUAUUGAUUACAGAUGAUAUUAAAGUAUUGCCAAAACGAAGUACAUUAAUGCAUGUCCCGUCGUUUGCGUUUCAUCGUAAACGCUCAUCAUUUGUUAAUAUUUAUGGAACAUUUGGUCAUCCGAAAAUCUGGCCACGCGGAUUUCCACUGGACGAAUUGAAAACCGUUACUGAAGACGGAUGGAGUUCGACGCGUGGAACUCGCCCGGAUGAUAAAAUCAAUGCAUACAUUCAGCAAUAUCUCGCCGAUUUAGAUCCAGAUGUGGAUGCCAUAUACCGGCUCGCGAAUCCUAUGACGCUCGGUCACAUUCGUUUCAUUCGUGAACAAAAACCCGUUGCGCUUGAACCGUUCACAUUUUCGCCGUACAACACCCAGAACACAAUAACACAUUAUGAAGCAUUUUGGGGUCUUUAUCUACCGGUGACAACCACAUUUCGUGUUUGCGAUAUUUGGCGAGGAUUCUGGGUGCAACGAAUUUUAUGGGACAUUGGUGGUCAUUUAGUGUUUGGAAGCAGCACAGUUGACCAAAAACGGAAUGCUCAUAGCUACAUAAAAGACAUGGACGAUGAACAACAAUUGUACCAUCAAAGUGGACAAUUUGUUCGUUUUCUCAUUGAAUGGAGAUCACCGGCCAAGUCACUGUUUCAGAGGAUAUCUCAGCUGGCAUCGGAUAUUGCAACAAACAGUUUUUGGAAUCAGAAGGAGGUUGACAUACUGAAUGCUUGGUUAGAUGAUCUAAUUCAAAUUGGUUAUCAGCCACCCUCUCCCACCAUUAUUGAUAAAAAAAAUGCUACCCAAAUUAGACGCGCUGCUUUAUGCGUAACAGGGCCUACGAAGUAUAUUAAUGACAAUUGGAGAAACACUGAAGCAGAUAUUAAACGUAGAGUAAAUGGCGUCACUGAUGUGUUUCUCUUCCUUUCAUCGACAAAUGAGACUGCACAACUUGAUAAAUUACUGACAUAUAAUGCCACGGUAAAAGUAUUGUACGAAGAUAGACAGUUAGAUUAUUUGUCUCGGUGUAAAUCAAAAGGAUCGUCGUCUUUAGCAGAUCCUCAAAAAAUAUGGUCAAAACGAGAAUGCUUUGAACUAAUCAAAGAAUAUGAGCAAAACGUAAAAGUUAAAUAUCAGUUGAUGAUUCAUGUCCAAUCAAACACAAAAUUUCGUCAACUGCCAGAAACGUUUGAAAGGAAAGAAAAGUUAGAUAUUAAUAAAACCGUAGUCAUCCCGGUCGAAGAUAAUAACGGUAGCUUCGCCAUUGGUCCCAGUGAGAUGAUGGCGUAUCACAUGGUCCACAGACUCUCGAACCUUGCUCUAUCUAAUGAGAAAGGACGUACGUUAUUAGAACAUCCGAAAUCAACAGAAAUAUCGCUCGAAUAG